AUGGCUGCCGCUGAUCCUGCUCCAGCGCUAGUGGCUCUGGACAAUGCGAUCGCGCAGAUCGACCUCCUCAUCUCCCGCCUCACCGCGUCGUCCGCCUCCUCAGCUGACGUUCCCGUUGCCGCUCAGCCGAAAGCUUCAGUAGCUGAAAGCAAUGGCGAGAAGCAGUCGUCAGAAAAAGGGAAAGCAAAAGCUGCGAAACCAGCAGCGCAAUCAUCAGCUGCUCCAGCGUCAGCGGGGGAGAGCGUAGAGAAUUUCGACAAAUGCGACAUCAGGGUGGCGCGGGUGCAGGCAGUGGAGCCCCACCCGGUGGCGGAGAAGCUUUACGUCUGCCAGGUGGAGGUUGCGCCGGGGGAGGUCCGCCAGGUGGUGGCUGGUCUUCGGAAGUUCAUCUCGCAGGAGGAGCUGCAGGGGCGGCUGGUGUGUGCCGUGUGCAACCUCAAGCCCGCCAAGCUCGCCGGGCAGCCUAGCCAAGCCAUGAUGCUCGCUGGCUCGCACCCCUCUGCUGAGGCUGAGGCCGGGGAGGUUGUCAAGCUCAUUGAUCCGCCCCAAGAUGCUGCAGUUGGUGAUCGAGUCUGCAUCCAGGGCCGGCCUGCGAGUGCAGCCCCAGUGAAGCAGCUCAGCUCCAAAGUGUGGGAGAAGGUGGCAGGGCUGCUUCGGGUGCAAGGUGGUCGGGACCGAUCCGACGAGCGGCGAAGGGGGAAUGCCACUGUUAGAGACGACUUAGCUCCAGGGGGGAGCCGGGCUCGGAGAGAAAAUGGGGAAUGGAGUGAGAGCGAGAGGCGUUUUGCUGGUGAGAGCAGGGGGAGGGGAGAGGGAGAAGAUCAGAGGAGUACGGUGAGGGGAGAUGGUGGAAGAGUUGGUCCCGAAAUGGGUGGUGAUUAUAGGCGGAGUGCGUAUAGAGGGGUGGAGAGCGAUGGAGGGGAAGGUCGUUGGGGGGGCAGAGGAAGGGGUGGUUUAAGCGGGAGAGAGCGAGGGGAGAGGGACAAGGGGGGACAGGCGCGGGAGGGUUCAGGGUUCAGGGACAGAGGGGGGUUUAGCGAUGGCGAUGGCGAUGAGAGGGUUCGUUAUAAGGAGGACCGAUAUGCGUAUGGAAGUGCGGGUCGAGAGGGGUAUGGGAGGGAGCGAGGAGUUAGGGGAUAUGGAAGGGGAGAAGGGUUGAUGGGGAUUGAUGAGGCAAGGAGAAGCGAGAACGAGAGGCGAGAGGCGUAUGGGGAUGAAAGGGAGCGGUUCCCAAAGGGUUCAGAGCGGUACCAGGGGGUAAGAGAGCGGUACUCUGGGUAUGGCAGGGAGAGUGGGGGGCGAGGAGGCGGAGAGGGAGAGAGGGUGUAUGGGGGAAGGGGUGGGCGGAGGAUUGAGGAACGGUGGGGCGAAUCAGGGGAGAGUGGGGUUGAGCGGAGCGAGAGGUCGGGGGAUGGAAGGAGAGAAGGGGGAGAUGGGGAAGGGAGGAGGGGUUAUGGGGAGAGAGAGGGGGUCGAUUAUGGGAGGAGAGAUAGGGGCGGUUAUGGGGGGACAGAGAGGGCGGGAUAUGGAAGGGGGGACAGGGGCGAGUAUGGUGGAAGGGGCAGGGGGUCGUAUGGGGGGAGCGAGAGGAGUGUUUAUGGGGGGAGCGAGAGGAGUGGUUAUGCGGGAAGGGAGAGGAGUGAGUAUGGGGGAAGGGAGAGGAGUGAGUAUGGGGGAAGGGAGAGGAGUGAGUAUGGGGGAAGGGAGAGGAGUGAGUAUGGGGGAAGGGAGAGGAGUGAGUAUGGGGGAAGGGAGAGGAGUGAGUAUGAGGGAAGGGAGAGGAGUGAGUAUGGAGGGAGGGAAAAGGGUGACUAUGGAGGGAGGGAGAGGAGCGAGUAUGGAGGCAAGGAGAUGGGCGGAUUAGAAGAAAGAGGGAGGGAGGGGUACAGGGGAAGAGAGAGGGAUGAUAAUGGGGUGAGAAGGAGAGGGAGGGGGGAUUAUCGGGAAAGAGGGAGGGGCGACUAUGGGAGUACAGGGAGGGGCGACUUUGGCAGGAGAGGAAGGGGUGGUUACGGGGGAAGAGGGAGGAGUGACAGUGGCAGGAGAGCAGAUACGCAGUCAGACUUCCAUCGCCGUCCUCGCGAAGAGGAACGAGGGUGGGGGCGGGCGAGGCUUGACGGACAGCAGGAGGAGAGGAUGCCAGAUGUCAAGGCGAAUGGAGUGCAGGAGGGGCAUCUGUCAAUGGACAGGGACUCACAAGGGGAUGGGCAUUCUCCGAAAGAAGGGCAUUUGCCAACGGAGGGGGUGAUAAGACUCAUGAAUGUGGAUGUGCCGUUGCAUGCCGACCCUGGCAAGGAUGACGUGGCAGUGAGUGAGGGGCUGGUGCGGGCGGCAGCUAUGGCGCUGCACGUGCGGGCGGAGCACCUGCCCUCGUCUGCUCUCACGGUCGUGCGCAAGUCCUUUGAUGCCCGCAAGGGUGCAAGGCCCUUCACCCUCUCCCUCUCUCCAUCUUUCACUCUCUCCCUCGCCCAUCCCAUCCCCACCUCCCUCAUGCACAGGCCCCAGUGUUCGCCUAUGCCAUUGACAUUGAUGCAGCAGCACUGGUGCAAGCCUUCACCCUGUCUUGCUCUCCCACUCUUUCACCCUCUCCCUCCCCCACCCCCAUGCGCCCCUCCUCGUUCACAGGCCCCUGUGUUCGCCUAUGCCAUUGACAUCGAUGCAGCAGCGCUAGCGCAGGCCUUCACGCUCUCAGCCACGCCACCCCGCAAGCGCAGAGAUGUGGCCCUUAAAGCCCAGGUCGUGCUGCCUGAACUGCCCUUCAGCCUGCUCGCUGCCCGCACCCCUGCUGCUGCUCCUGCUGCUGCUCCUGCUGCUGCUCCUGCUGCUGCUGCUUCUUCCACUGCUGAUAGUGUUGGUGCUGGUGCUGGUGCUUAUACCAGCAGCAGCACAGGUGCUCCCACAGGAGCAGUGGGGGCGAGAGAUAAGCCACCGAGAGAGCGAACGCGCAACGUAGUGGUGGGGAUGGGUCCAGCGGGGUUGCUGGCAGCUCUCGUACUGGCAGAAGCAGGCGAGCAGGUGACAGUGGUGGAGCGGGGUCAGCCCGUGGAGGAGCGAGGGCGGGACAUCGGCGCUCUAGCCGUGCGCCAUGUGCUCAACCCAGACAGCAACUUCUGCUAUGGGGAGGGUGGGGCUGGGACGUGGAGUGACGGCAAGCUGACGACUAGGAUCGGGAAGAAUAGUCAAGAUGUUAGGGAGGUGCUGAAUGUUCUGGUGAGGAUGGGUGCUCCCGAACGUAUUCUUGUGGACGGGCGCCCGCACCUCGGCACCGACAGGCUCGUGCGCAUCCUGCAGCAGUUCCGGGCCUAUUUGUUAGGUUUGGGCGUGGAGAUCAGGUUCGGAACGGUGGUGGAGGAUCUGGAGGUUCGGAACGGGCGGGUGGCUGGGGUGCGCGUGAGGCCUGCUGGGAGUGUGGUGGGAAGCGGUGCAGAGGAGCGGAGUGUGAUGGCAGCGGAUAGGGUGCUGCUGGGGGUGGGGCACUCAGCUAGGGCGGUGUUUGACAUGCUGCUGUCUCACAACGUGCUGCUCUCCCCAAAGGACUUUGCAGUAGGCUUUCGUAUCGAGCAUCCCCAGCGAGAGAUCAACGCCAUCCGGUACCGGCGUUGGCAGGGCAGCAUGGACGUGGAGGCGGCAGUGGCGCGCGGCAAGGGACCCAUCCCUGUAGCCGACUACUCCCUCGCCGGCCAGUUCUCCCUUACUGGCGGCACCACUAGCAGUAGCAGCACUGGCAGCAGUGAUAGCAGUGGCAGUGGGCAGCAGGGGCGCAGCUGCUACUCGUUCUGCAUGUGUCCGGGAGGGCAGGUGGUGUGCACAAGUGUGACAGCGGACGAGCUGUGCCUCAACGGCAUGUCCUUCUCCAACCGCUCCUCGCUCUGGGCCAACGCGGCCCUCGUCUCUUCCGUGUCUGCUGCUGGUGGCGACUUUGACGAGUUCACAAGGGAGCACGGCGCCCUUGCAGGCAUGGAAUACCAGAGGGCAAUCGAGCGGCAGGCAGCCGUGAUGGGAGGUGGCAACUUCGUGGCACCAGUGCAACGCGCCUCUGACUUCCUUCGAGGGUCUCUCUCUCCUGCGUCCGCCCUGCCAUCAUCAAGCUAUCGCCUGGGGGUGACCUCGGCCCGCCUGGACCAGCUCUACUCGCCCUCCAUCACGCUUGCCAUCCGACUCGCUUUAGAGAACUUCGAUAAGAAGAUGCCUGGUUUCAUCUCCCCACACGCCCUGCUACAUGCUGCCGAGACGCGCACGAGCUGUCCAGUGCGCGUGGAGAGGGGGGCAGAGAGCUAUGAGAGUGUGUCACUGCCAGGGCUGUACCCAAUAGGCGAGGGGGCGGGGUACGCAGGGGGCAUUGUGAGCGCUGCAGUGGAUGGCAUGUUGGCUGCUCGAGCCAUCCUCCGCACCACUGCUGCUGCUUCUUCUGAACUGACUGAAUAG